UUGGAGUUUAUGCGGUGUUUGGUUGAAUUGGUGAUGGGUUUUGCUUUUCUCGGGGGUUUUUGAUUGAAUUGAAUGUUGUUAAGGGUUUCAAGGGAAUGAAUUUUUUCUUUUUUUAAAGUGAAGUUAUGUCCUUUUUGCUGUUUUGUUGAUGCAUUUGGAUUUUUUUAAUUGAAUUUGGUGAUAGAUGUUUGUUUAAUGAUGUUUUCUUUUAAGGGUUAAACUAAGACGUAGCUUCUUGAUGUUGGAAAUCUGAAGACUUUAUGCUGUGUUUGGUUGAAUUGGUGAUGGGUUUUGUUUUUCUCUGGGGUUUUUGAUUGAAUUGAAUUUUGUUAUGGGUUUCAAGGAAAUGAAUUUUUUUUCUUUUUUAAAAGUGAAGUUAUGUCCUUUUUGCUGCUUUGUUGAUGCAUUUGAUUUUCUUUCUUAAUUGAAUUUGGUGAUAGAUGUUUGUUUAAUGAUGUUUUCUUUUAAGGGUUAAACUAAGACGGAGCUUCUUGAUGUUGGAAAUAUGAAGUUUUGAUUGAAGGAUGGGAAUUGGGUGCCCGUUAGAAAGAUUUGUGCAAGUACAUAUCACAAGGCAGUUGUGCUUUCUUUAAAAGAUUUCAUUUAUUUUGAUAGCCAAGAUGAUGGUAAAUGAGCAGGAUCCAGAUGUUGUUCGAUGGGGUCUCAAUGAUCUAAUUGAUGUUUGUACACUUUCAAAUUCUGGUUCAUGUAAUUCUGUUACUUGUUAUGGCAUGGAUACAUUUAACGUUGAGUAUGUUAGAGAAUAUUAUAAUGACCCGUUAUAUGCAAGUAAUGUGGAGAAUGAUGCUGUUAUUGCUCGUGCUCUCCAAGAAGAACUUUCAAGGAUUGCUUAUGUGGAAGCAUCUGAGUUAAAUAACACUGAACGAGAAUCAAUUAUUACACAGCACUGGCCUGGUCCUCAUGAAACAUACCAUGGUUCUGAGCAUGGCAAUGAUCAGACAGUCACUGUUGAUCACAGUGAAAGCAUGAUGGAUGCUGAUGAUUGCAGCAAAAAUAUGGCAGAUUAUUAUAGCAAGAAGGAUGAAAUAUUGAUUCCUACUUCAUCUUCUAGCAAUGGAGAAAAUUCCCUCGAGAUGGAAGAGCUGGCACUUAUUUUAAAUAUAGAAAAUGAAUCUGCUCUUGAUGGUGAAGUGGGCAAGAGGAUAACUGAGAUGGUUCCUGUUUCUCAUGUCCCUAAAACUAAUGGAGAAAUACCAUCGGAGGAUGAACAGAUGUCAGAUCAUCAAAGACUGCUAGAAAGGUUAAAGGUAUAUUAUCUUGUUGAGAAUAAAGUUCAAGCAGAUGGUAACUGUCAGUUUUGUUCUCUGUCAGAUCAACUCUAUCGCUCUCCUGAGCACCACAAUUUGGUGAGAGAACGAGUUAUUGAUCAGCUCAAGUCUCAGCCGCAAAUGUACAGCAGCUAUGUUCCUAUGGCUUAUGACGACUAUCUGAAGAAAAUGAGCAAGAGUGGUGAAUGGGGUGACCACGUUACAUUGCAGGCUGCUGCAGAUUCGUAUGGUAUCAAGAUAUUUGUGAUAACUUCAUUCAAGGAUACAUGUUACAUCGAGAUCCUUCCAAGAGUUCAAAAGUCCAAUCGAGUUAUUUUCUUGAGCUUUUGGGCGGAGGUGCACUACAAUUCUAUUUAUCCAGAAGGAGGUAAACAGUUGGAUCUUGUUUGUCAAAGCAAUGAAUAUUGUUCUAUGAUACUUCUUAGUAGGGUCCAUCUUUUUCUGGCUUCCAUCUGAUGCUGACUUGGUCUUCUAUAAAAGCAAUUUUGAAAAACAUGAGCAUCUCUUGGCUGGAAAAGAAAAAAGAAAAAAAAAGCUGCCCAAUGAAAACACCAUGGGUGAAUUACUGUUGGGGGUAAACACAUGUCAUUUUGCAAAUUUUGCAAGUGUCUUACUAUAUCAUCUGACACGUUGUCUUGAGUGUUUGAUUUGUUUAACUUGCAUGCUAGAUUUCUUUUCCUAAUUUCUAACAGUUUUAGCUGCUUUACCAUUGCUGCUCUCUCUAAUAUAGAGGCACCGCAAUAUGAGCCUAAGAAAAAGAAGAAGUGGUGGAACCUUGGAUGAUUUGAAGCUAGGACCUUCUGUGGCACACCUCAUAAGAAGAGUUUUCAUUACAUGGAGAGGCUAUUCUAUUCAAUUGCCUCACAAUUUGGCGUAUCAGAGUAAAGGGGAAAUGCGGAUGCCAUUGCUGCGCCAUUUUUUCUACCUUUGUGCAUAUUAUACAUUUUAGAUUUGAAACCCACCCCCCACCCCCCAAAAAAAAGAAAAAAGAAAAAAAGGGUUCCAUCUUCCGUCAUUUUUUCAUUCCUUUUCCCGCUGUUCUGACUGUACAUAGUAGGCAGGGCAAUACAAGGGUUUUCCUGUACCCUUCAUGGCAGAACCGGAGACACUAUUUCUGAAUAAAUCUUAGCUGCUGUAUAUCUUGCAUGCUGUUUACUUUGUCUUUUUAAGAUUUGUGCUCUUCAACUUUU